CAACCGAGAAACGCAAAUAAACACCAGGGUCCAUUGAACAAUAAUUUAUUUAUAAACAAUAAGCACAACCAUGAAUAAACCGUCCAAAUUUAUUUAGCUACAUGGCACACAUGUUUAUAAAAUGUAGGGUAGGAUAUUUUGUUUAAAAACUUAAAUUAUGGAAACAAACUUGUCAGAUCUAAGUAGUAGAUCUAACUCAUCUGUGAUGAUGGACGAGUCGGAAUCCCAAGUUUCCAGUUUCACUAGUGAGCUUUGGCUUUGGUUCUCCGGCUAUCCAGAAUUUACAACGAGUAUCACAGUUUCAGUGAUUGUGACCAUCAUCACCAUAUUAGUGAUAGUAUUCUUUGGUAUAUGGAAAUUUAAAUCAAAAGCUUUGCCCAGUCAAAGUGAAGCUCCCAAGAGGUACAGGUUUCGUAAACGAGAGAAAAUAUUAUUUUUUGGCAGAAAAAUGCUCAGGAAGGUUAAAAGCUUUACAAGAAACACUGUAGGAUCAGCUUCAUCCACCAGUGGCAUACGAAGAAAACCAAGUCAUAAAGUCAUGAUUUCAAGAAUAAGAAGUGUCAUUGGAGAUUCAAGAUUUUUAGCCCAUCGCAAAGAUCCUAGUAAACCUAGGCUGAAGCAACAGAGCCCUCCGCAGUCUUUCUUAGAAGCAGAUUGGUCAGAUGUUAAUGAUGAUCACAGACUUCCCCCUGAAGUUUUAUACAUGCUUAGAAGUAUAAGGGUGUUUGGCCACUUAGAAAAGCCGUUUUUCCUAGAGUUAUGCCGCUAUAUGGAGACCAUUACUUUAAGGGCUGGGCAUUUUUUGUUUAAAAUUGGUGACCCAGAUGACAGCAUAUAUGUGGUACAGAAUGGUCUGCUUGAAGUUUACAUCACAGAUGUGGAUGGAACAGAGCAUCUGAUUAAGCAAGUACCAACUGGCAAUAGCAUACACAGUCUGUUGUCCAUAUUGGAUGUCCUUACUGGCCACCCAGGAGCUUUUAAAAGUGUCUCUGCUAGAGCUGUUGCUGACUCCACGAUACUCAGGCUCCCUGCUCAUGCUUUCAAAUCCAUGUUUGAGAAAUUUAAUGAAUCUACUGUCAAAGUUGUUCAGAUCAUCAUGAUUCGGCUACAGAGGGUGACCUUUUCUGCUCUACAUAACUAUCUUGGCCUAAGUAAAGAGCUGCUCAAACCAGAUGGCCAUGCUGAUGCAAAGGAACUUCAUAUUCAUCAGAUCAAUCGCCCUAACGUUUCUCCCAAUGUAGGCAGUCCUGUACGACUUCACACAAACCACAGUGUUGGUGUGGUGCCAGACUCAGGGAAGGAUGAUGUAGAUACAAAGAUGGCUGGGCCUGCAGGAACACCACAGAAGAAACCAUUGUUUUCCAGGCCUUUAAGUGAAUCUGGGUACCAGCUGACAGAUUUUGAUGCUGCCCUGAUGAGAGCCAGAGCUUCAGUCAGUGAUGACAAGAGCAUUGUGUUGAGUGGAUCCCCACCUAGACGAGUCACUGUCAUAGAGUCUGCAGGUGAAGUGUCCUCUUACAGGUCCCAGACCAUCCCUGAUGAGGAAAUUAUUUUAUCUCUGGCUGCUAAAGAUCUGGUUCAGAUCCUAGGCAUGAAGGACCAAACUUUACUUGACAAUCGGCUGACUCUGAGUUAUGCCAGGGCUGGUUCCAUUUUCUGCAAACAGGGUGACCAGGAAACAAGCAUGUUUUUCCUGGUCAAAGGGACUGUAAGUGUUUUACAAAAUGUUGUUGGGGAAUCAGCAAAGGAGGCACUAAUGUUCCAUGCUGAGCCAGGGGAGAUAAUUGACGUACUGGCAGUAUUAACUGGAGAGCCUUCCUUCUUUACAAUGAGAGCUAAAACUGAUGCAGUCAUGGCUGUUAUAUCAAAACCAGAUUUCUACCAGAUGAUGCGUGUAGAGCCCUUUAUUGUCUUGAAUGCAGCCCACUGUACAGUCAAGAGGAUGUCACCAUUUGUUCGUCAGAUAGACUUUGCACUAGACUGGCAAAUGCUUGAAGCUGGGAAGGCACUGUUUAGACAAGGGGACAACAGUGAGAGCAUCUUCAUUGUCCUGACUGGUCGGUUAAGGUCAGUGAUCACCCUUGUGGGGGGCAAGAAGGAGUUGGUGAAUGAAUUCGGCCGAGGUGAACUGGUUGGCAUUGUAGAGGUUUUGACCCAGCAUGAGAGGGCCACAACAGUUUUAGCUAUAAGAGACACAGAGCUGGCUAAAAUUCCUGCAGAGUUACUGAACCUGAUCAAACUGCGCUACCCGCAAGUUGUAGCAAGACUUAUCCAUCUCUUGGGCUCAAGUAUCUUGGGCAACUGGCAGCAGAGGAACACAAUUAGUCUUCAGAAUGCUACAUCAAGAGAAAGUGAUGCCUACUCUAAGAUGGAGAGAAGUACAGUUGCCAACUUGGCAACUAUAGCUAUUGUUCCAGUGACAGAAGAUGUACCAACAACCAACUUUGCUUUAGAGUUACAGCAUGCUUUACUCACAAUUGGUCCUACUGUGAGAUUAACGCCAGAUAUUGUUAAAGCUAGAUUGGGAGCUGCUGCACUCGAUAGCGUGAACGAGUUCUGUCUGUUCAACUGGCUGAGCCAACAAGAGGACAUUCACAGAAUGGUCCUGUACCAAUGUGACUAUCAGUUGACCAAGUGGAGUAAGAACUGUCUCAGGCAGGCCGACUGUAUUUUGAUUGUUGGUCUGGCUGAUAAAGAGCCUACCAUUGGGCCAAUUGAGAAGGAGCUGGAGAACAUUGCUGUGAGAGCCCAGAAAGAACUGGUGCUGCUACAUAAGGAAGACGCUGAAACUCCCAAGAACACGGCUGACUGGUUGAACGUCAGAGGGUGGUUGUCUUCCCAUCAUCAUCUGCGCUGCCCCAAGCGGGUUCUUAGACUCAAGUCUCCUAUUAAAACUCUGGAAAUGUAUGAGAGACUCUUCAAGUCAGAACCAGACAGAAUGGCGGACUUCUGUAGGCUGGCCAGAUUUUUGACUGGCACCUCUAUAGGUCUAGUUCUAGGAGGUGGUGGAGCAAGAGGGCUGGCACAUGUUGGAAUGAUCAAGGCCAUGCAGGAAGAAGGGAUCCCCAUAGACAUGGUGGGCGGCACCAGCAUGGGUGCUUUCAUUGGAGCUCUCUGGGCAGAGGAGAGAAACCAUGUUGGCUUUACACAGAGGGCGAGGGAGUGGUCCAUUGGUAUGACGUCUCUCUGGAAAAAGAUAUGGGAUCUAACUUACCCUGUCACCUCUAUGUUUACAGGCUGGGCCUUCAAUGAAUCCAUUGAGACAGUGUUCCAUGACAGACAGAUUGAGGACCUCUGGAUACCUUACUUCUGUAUUACAACAAAUAUAUCCAACUCCAGUAUGAGGGUCCACUCUCUAGGCAGUGUGUGGCGCUACGUGCGAGCUAGCAUGUCGCUCUCAGGCUACCUGCCGCCACUAUGUGACCCCCUGGACGGUCACCUCCUGUUGGAUGGUGGAUACGUCAAUAACCUGCCAGCUGAUGUAAUGCACAACCUUGGCGCCAAGUUUGUCUUUGCUAUAGAUGUGGGCAGCCAGGACGAGAAGGACCUGACCAACUACGGGGACUGUCUCUCUGGCUGGUGGCUGCUGUGGAAGAGAUGGAACCCCUGGGCCAAGCCAGUUAGAGUGCCUGAUAUGACAGAAAUCCAGUCCCGCCUGGCAUACGUGUCAUGUGUAAGACAGCUUGAGGUUGUUAAAAACUCUGACUAUUGCGAGUAUAUAAGGCCACCUAUAGACAGAUACGCCACUCUGCAGUUUGGGAGUUUUGAUGAAAUUGUUGAAACUGGCUACCAUCACGGCAAGACCCUGUUCUCUGCUUGGACCAAGGGAGGCCUUCAAGACAAGCUCUUCAAGGAGUCGGAAAUGUCCACCAAAGAAAUGAAGGCCCACAAAGAAAGAAACCUUUCCAUAAGUCAGCUCCCUGUGAUGGCCUAUUUCACUGACCUAGCUGAGCAAGUGUCUAAAAUUGAAAACCCUAAGAGUAGGUACUACUUAGCUGGGGAUUCUGAAGAAGAAUUAAUAUAUGAAGAUGAUGAUGAUGAUGAAGCUAAUUUGAUGGAAGGCUAUGAAGAAGAUGAUGAAUUUGCUCACAGUGAUCCAGAGUACAAUAGUGAAGGGGAAGGAACUAGUAGCAAAAACAAAUCUGGAAAGUCCCUGCUGAAAAAGGCCUCAGUUAAGAAGACCCAAUCAUUGAAUACACAAUAACAACUGUGAUGUGACUUGUUUAAAGUCAUCUGAUGUCAUUCCAUGGAUGCAAAGUUUGCCUUAAAGAAAUCCUUUUUUUUUCAUUUUUGAAUAAUUCACCAAUUAAUAACCAAUGUUGACGACUUUAUUUAAGCUUUAUACAAUCUAUAAUGUUUUUAAUGCUUCAUUUAUUCUUUGCUAGUCAGGAAUUUGUUUUUUAUUUAAGUUAUAUGAUAUAUUAUAUAAUAGGUUAAAUCAGCGUAAUACCAAAUUUAAAAGGAAAUCAAUUUACUUUUUUUUUACCCGAUUCAAAAGAAAAUCUAUUAUCCAUUUCUACAACAUUUAAAAGCAAACCAAAUCAAAAUGUCAUUUUUACCAUAUUUAGAAGGGUAAUUGUUUUUUGUACUAAAUUUAGAAUAGAGCCAAUUAGCCAUUUUUACCAAACUGAAGAAAAUCCUUCAGCCAUCUAUAGCAAAUGUUUUAUCAUACUACUUAGACACAAAAGGACAUUACAUUUAUAUCAUACACGUUUCUAUUUCUGUGAUAAAAUAAAAGUGUGGAUUUGAUGUUGGAUCACAAAAGCAAUCAGUACUUUAAGCUCGCUGUAUCUGCUUAGUCAUAUAUACGCUGUACACUUUUAAUUGACAUUCUUUUUAAGUGUUCACAAUUCCAAUGUUCCAACACUGAAUGGAUGUAAAUAAAUUAUUUCAAAACUCUGCCUAUGCUGUUACUAUAACUGUGAUUUUUUUUUUUUUUUAAAUGUUGUUUUACUGCUUUUCUAAAAUUGCGUUAUUUUAGUGUUGAUAUAAUAGACUAAUCUUGCAGUUUUGAUGUUCUAGUCAAUCUUAGAAUUGGAAAUGUUAGUUACAAUACUUUUGAGAAUUUGGUUGGUUUAGCAAUUUAUUUAUUUUUUACUUUUAAACUUGAUUCAAAAUCUUCACAAAUCAUCAUUUGACCAAAUACAUUCAUUAGAUUAUUUAAAAGCAUAAAAAAAGCUUGAAGAUUUUCUCCAAAUGCUACAGAAAGUAUUGUUUUGUUACUGCUUAUGAUGAACUUUUUGAUAUAACCAACACACAGUGUUGACUGAAAUGAUUAGGUUAUAAAUUUGGUUUUGGCAACGUGAUCUGUUUUGUGGUGAAUAUGAACUAUCACCCUUAAAGAAACUGAUAAAGAUUAUGUUGGGUAAUAAAUUGCUGAAACUUUUUGUCUGGCCUUGAGCUUAAAUUUUGUUUUUCAAUAUCAUUAAAAUGCGUGCAAAUAUAUUAAUCUUUUUCUGUGAAUAAGAUUUAUAAUUAUUAUUUCUGUUGCAUUGUAAAUGCACUUAUGUAUAUGCUAAGAAUUUUUCAAAUUCAUGACAUUUAUUUUUAUGUAUUCAUAUACUUACAAUGCAUUUUUUACAUGUUUGACAAAUGAAAAUUAAGCUGAACGGGUUUGUUUACAAAAGUUGCUUGAAUUCUUUUUAGUUUAAAGAAAAAUAAGGGUAAAAACUGAAAUAAUUUCUGAAACAAUUUCAAUAAUUUGACUUGGAUUUCAUACGUAGUUUAAGUGAGUAGUUUAAGUUAUUGCUUCAGAAUUGUUUCAGUUUGUUGUCGGUGACAGUUAAAUCUAGGAUUGUACUUAAUAGUUAUUAACAUUCAUAUUUUUUAAUUUAAUUAGCCAUUUUUGUGUUUAAUUUAACAUUCACAAAUAAAAUUUGCAUUUACUUUCCAUAUGAGACUGCAUGGUCAGAUGUUAAAGUCCAUGACCACUCUCGAGGCUGGAUCCUGUAUUUGAGUCCAUAGAAUUUCAUGUAAUCCACCCAGUUCUGAUGGGUACUUGACUUACAUUAGGCAAAGGAUGUAUUUGCUUAACUAUUAGCAAUGAAUUUUAUACUGUUUUAUUUUCAUGCCACAAUAUUGGCCGUUGAUUCAUCUCUCUCAGGCCACCUAACACCAUUAUGAAUAGCUAUUUUUUUCUGAAGAAGUUGGUAAAUUACUUGUGUAUAAAACAUUGUUCUUUGUUAUUUUAUCAGUAAAGUUAUUCCCUGCAUACAUCAGGAAUAACUAGACAAUACAUGCAAUAAAAAUACUUUUUGCUUGAUUUCAUUUUGAGUUUGUUGAUACUUGAUGCAUAUGUGCUAUUAUUUAUUUAACCCCUCUAGAAAAUCUAAAUUGAAUACUUUUUUAAUAUGUUGUAAAAAUUGUAUCAAAUCAACAAAGGUGAAUAUUGGU